CGCCCAGGCGGCUAUAAUGGCAGCUCGGCCGCUGGGCUCCGGGGCUCCCCCGUCGCGCGCUGCCGGCCUGACCUCGUCAUCUUCCGUCAUGAGCUGGACGCGAGCGGCCCCGGGUCUCUGACUGCGCCGCCGAGCUCAGGCAGUCCCAUGGCCGCGGUGACGGCAUCGGCGGCCCCCGGGGCCGGAGGAGCGGGAGCCGGGAGCCCGAGCCCGCCGCCGGCGGCGUCCGCUCGCAGGGACUUCUACUGGCUGCGCUCCUUCGUGGCGGGAGGUGUUGCAGGAUGCUGUGCCAAAACUACCAUCGCACCUUUGGAUCGAGUGAAGAUCUUACUACAGGCACAUAAUCACCAUUACAAACAUUUAGGAGUGUUUUCUGCAUUGUGUGCUGUCCCCAAAAAGGAAGGCUAUCUUGGGCUAUAUAAAGGAAAUGGAGCAAUGAUGAUUAGAAUCUUCCCAUAUGGUGCAAUACAGUUUAUGUCCUUUGACCAUUAUAAAAAGUUAAUUACCACAAAACUUGGGAUUUCUGGACAUAUUCACCGGCUAAUGGCUGGCUCCAUGGCAGGUAGGAAUGUAUGAACAGCAGUCAUCUGUACUUACCCGCUUGACAUGGUUAGAGUUCGCCUGGCGUUCCAGGUGAAAGGAGAACACACAUACACAGGGAUUAUCCAUGCAUUCAAAACAAUUUAUGCAACGGAAGGCGGCUUUCGUGGGUUUUACAGAGGACUGAUGCCUACUAUUGUAGGAAUGGCUCCCUAUGCAGGGGUUUCAUUUUUUACUUUUGGUACCUUAAAGAGUGUUGGUCUCUCCCAUGCUCCUACCUUGCUUGGAAGACCUUCAUCAGACAACCCUAAUGUCUUAGUUUUGAAAACGCACAUAAACUUGCUUUGUGGUGGUGUCGCUGGAGCAAUAGCACAGACAAUAUCUUAUCCACUUGAUGUAACCCGUCGGCGAAUGCAAUUAGGGACUGUUCUCCCAGAUUCUGAAAAGUGCCUUACGAUGUUGAAGACACUGAAGUAUGUCUAUGGACACCAUGGAAUUCGCAGAGGACUCUAUCGAGGCCUGUCUCUUAACUACAUUCGCUGUGUUCCCUCACAAGCUGUGGCGUUCACAACCUAUGAGCUCAUGAAGCAGUUUUUGCACCUCAACUGAAAUCACGUUUUCCCUUAAACUGUCCAGGGCCAGCCACACAUGUCUGUUAUAUAAAUAUACAUAUAAUGUUUUACUUUAAUAUUGGCAGAAGGGGAAGGGUGGGGGGGAGGUCUGGAUUAAGUGAAGUGGAAAAUUACUCUGUCCAUGCAAGCCCUGGCACCAGACUACUUGAUUUUAUUUUUUUUCAAGCCAGAAACCAGAAGUGCUUCCUGUCUUUUUUUGAUGCCAUAAUUUGUGGUUUCCUGAUAUGAAACACAUCCUUAGGCCAACUCUGGAUGUUUUAUUAACUUAAUCAGUUUUAUUAUAAGAACUAAAAGGUCUGAGAAACUGGUGAAAGAUUCACUGGUGUCCAUUACAGGCUUCCCAAUAUUUACUCUUCACUUUAUCAUGUUCUUCCAAGCUUUUUUUUAGUAAUCAGCCUUAUGCCAGACUCAAUGAAAAACUAUGCUGGGUUUUAAAAUGAACUGGGUUCAUUUUGUUUUUUAAAUUAGAUUGAAUAAUUUGUGAUUAUCGUAGCAAGAAUUUAUAUUGAAAUUUUAUCUUGCCCAUUUGGGUAAGCACAUUGUACAAGUCAGCACCAAAAGGGUGAUAUCAUGUGGGUGGUGGUGACUGGUUUCUUGUCAAAAUUGAUACAAUGCAUGAUGGCAUAAAAGUGCUAUUUUAAAAUAAAAUUAUAAAUGUGACAUAAAUGGUAACAUAAUGAUUCAAAACUAUUUACUUGCAGGUAUUAUAAUAAAAAAGUUCUCUGAUACUAUAGGAUAAUUGACAUAAUUUUUUAUAAAAGACAGAAGGAAUGUGAGUAAACCUACUGAUCUCAAAAAACAGACCAGCCUGAGAAAUUUUAUUGUGAAUGUAUACAGGUAGACUGAAAGCAUCCCCAUUAUUUUCAAUGUAUGGAUCAAAGGGUAUUUACUGCACUUGUAUAUACGGGUUGAAUGUUAUGUGCAUUAAUAUAUUACUGUAUCAAAUGUUCUUCCAUGAGAGAGACGUUUUCUGUUCUGCAAAUUUACUUUAUGGAGAUACGAAUAGAAUUUCUAGUGAUUUCUUGGUUAAAAACAAGCAAAUUAAAAGUGCCGGGAUUCAUUCUUUGUA